GCAGUCGCACGAGGGCGCCCGCACCGGCAGCACGUCGCGCGCCGCCACGCUCGCUCCGAACGAUGCCGACGGCCGCCGCGGCCCCGACCACGCGCGCUCGCUUUCUACGCUCCAACGGUACACAAGCGAGCAUCUGAGCCGCUAGCUGACAUGUUUACGCCGCCACUGUUUACUAUAACAUCAAUAAAGUUUUUCUCAGCUGUCGACAUUAACGCGAUCGUGUGAAUGCGCACCGGCUGAAGGAUUGCGAAACUGUACAAGUGAAGUUUAAAAAUACAUUGGCACUAGUGCGAAGUGACGUACAUCGAGAUGUGUGCGUGCAGCAAGUUUUGCGACUUCUGGAAGAACUCAUGCGGAGCAGGCAUGUCCCUAGACGAAGGCAGACAAUCACAGAGGCCAUACAGAUAUGGCAUGGUGUUGCUGUGCGCCGGCGCGCUGAUCAAUUGGCUCGGCCUGGCGGAGGACUACGCGGAGCCCGUGCGCUACGUGGGCGUGGCCUGCAUCGUCGCAGGAGCCCUGCUCAUAUGUGCCGCCAUGUGUUGCUGGCUGCAGUCGCCCGCGAGGCAGCCACAGACCGACCGCGCGUCACCUGACACACAUCAGAUUGAUGAUCCCAUCCACGUAAUUUCCAUGCCAGAUGAAGAAACAAUGCAGCAGAAGCCUCCAGACUACGACACGGUGGCGGGAGCCCCGCCGACAUACGACGACGCUAUCAAGCUGAACCCCGCGCGCCUCCUGCCCGCGACGAGCAGCGCUCGACACGAGCUGCCGCCGACGCCACAUCUGACGGAUGUGGCCAUCAUCCCCGGCCAGCCAGACGACUCGGUGCCGCCCACCAGCCCGAUGACCGCCAUCGCGCCCAUCCACAGGGCGCAGGUGCCCAAGACGCCGCCGCCACCAUACAACCCCACGCACGCCAUCAGAUGAAGGCCCGGCUGGACAACUUUGUUACUUUAAAUCGACUGCUGUUUCAUGUGAUGAGACUCGUAUAUAGCAAUUAGUCCACGUUGUUGACAUCGCAACAAUGUCACGGUAUUAUAUUUAUAUUGUACGUACAUAUCCUAACAUGAAACUAUUGUUUUAAUUUAAUGUAGGUGGUCGAGAGCGUUGCGUACUUAUGUGAUAAUAGGGAAGUUAUUAUUAGUUACUUAUUUCCUGCUCUGUACAUAAUUAUAAAUUUUUGUAAAAUAGUGUUUUGUUAAAUAUGUACCUAUAGUUAGGCAGAUAAGUUAAGAAUUCUUCCAAUAAUUAUUUUAUAAAUUGUGUUCCAAACAGAGCACCACUGUGGUUCCAAAUAAUGAUAAAGUAGGAUAAGUCAACGGCCGGCAGCCGUGGAUCGGGUCGGCCGGUAGACAACAAACACCCGUACAUAUCUGUUUAUAUCAAUUAUAUGUGUUUAAUGCAGUAGUAGUGUCCUACGUGACUGUGCCAUUAAUUCCAAGUCCUCUGAAUUUGUCACUGGUGUGCACAUCAGUGUUUAUGCCAGCAGUUUUCUUAUUUAAUAGUUUGCUCACGAGCCUGUAGGAGUAAGACACACUGCUAUCACCUUGUAAACCGCAAAGGGAAUGUACAUCAUCAGAUGUGAACCUUACAUUGAACAUGCCUGAACAAUGUUGUGUAAAAUUAAUUAGAAGAUUUGAUAAUUGAAACUCAUCGUUAGCUUGUCGUUGUGAUAAUGACCGUUAGUAUCAUCGUUUUGUGGACUGUCGAGUUUAUUAUCUUAGUAAAGGUAUUAUACUUAGUUUCCCGUUCCGAUUUGUCUAUUCUAGUCUUCAAAUUAAAGCAUAUUUACUUAAAUAUUCUGUUAGAUAAUCCAGUCAUGCAUAAUAAUUUGUAAUUUGUACAUAUUCUGAUUGCACAACUUAUAUUUCGAACAAAGUGACGCUCAUUUUAAGUGCUCUACAGAUUGAAAUAGUCAAAUCUACACACUGGGUAUAUUAUGCUAGUCAAUACGCCCAAUUUGCAUGAAUAACUUGUCAAAAUUAUAGUAAACGUACAACUAACGAUUUGGCAUGUUAAUUGCAGUUGAUUUGAAGUUAAUAAUGCAUUCAAAAUACAAAAUGGAAACCAAUAUUAUCGGAUGUACUAACGAGUUGAUAGUCGAUUAGGGACGUAGAUUUAAUUAAAUCGAGAAUCUUCUUCACUAUGGAUCUCGUGGCCUAACAACUUUAGGAAUACUUACUAAGAAUUGCAAAUUAAGAAUUAAAUCAUUAAUUAAAAUCAUCAUUGACGUUCAUAACUAGCCGUGUGCUUUCGAAUGAUAAAAAAUGGGACCAAUACUGUUUAUAAAUAAAACUUAAAUCGUGUGCUUAAUAAUACUAAUUGAUUCAAACAGCGCGUGCCUGCAAGUCUUUAUGAGGAUUUUACAAUGCUGAAGUUGUGCAUUUAUUAUUUGUACAUUGUACAAAGUUCGGAAGAUAAGAGUGUAUAUAAACAAAAAUAAAUGUUGUUGAAAGUAAUAA